CCCAGAAACAGACUCAGGCAGUAGAAGCGUGCAUGAGGGGGUUCCUGAGGAGGAUAGUGCUCUGAACUACAGAGCUUCACAGCCUGUUGGACGGCCCAGGCCUCUCUGGCUCCUUCUCAGCCCCCCUGCCAGACACUCUGCUAUGAAGGGGAGGGGGGAUCUUAAUUUACAGCUUAUAAGUAGUUGUGAGCCAGCCAAAGACAGGGACUGAUGCUGAAACCAGAAAAGGGGAGAUGGAGACAGCUCAAGAUGAUGAACAAAAGCUGUGCAGGAGAUGACUUUGCUUCGAGGGCAGUUGGACAUAGGAUCAGAAGAACAUUUCUGAUCAGACAGGAGAGGGGGAUGUCUGUAAAGCUGAGGUUUGAGGUCCCGGCGGAGGAGUGUGUGGUCCAGAGAAGUCGAUCCUUCACAGGGUUCAGCUCCCUCACUGGACGCCAGCGGACUUCUUCAGUGCGUAGCUCCCUCAGGUCCAAGGCCUCCACAGGCAGACGUCCCAGGAUGCACCUCUCGCUGGGUCACGGAGGAGUGUAUGGCCAACAGCCAGAGCAGGUGGAGAGGAUCUUCAAGGCUCUGCGCAAGGGACUGAAAGAGUACCUGGAGGAACAUCAGGCUGAGAUGGACUUCCUGUCCGCCCAGCAGAGAGACACAAGGAGAAACUCCAGGCUGGCUUUCCUGUAUGACCUGGAGAAGGAGAUCAGGGCCCAAGAGAGGUUCAUCCGCAGACUGGAGUUCCACAUCAGCAAGGUGGAGGAGCUGUACGAGACCUACUGCCUUCAGAGGCGUCUCUGCGAGGGAGCCGUCAACAUGAAGAGAGCCUUCUCCCUCUCCCCCUCCUCUCGAGCCUCCAGAGACAGCCUGCUGGAACUCAGCCGCAACCACAGACACAGUCUGCAGGACAUGGCAGUGAUGGAGGGGGAGCUGGAGAUUCUGCUGGGAGAACUGCACAUCAAGAUGAAAGGACUGAUUGGCUUUGCCAGACUAUGUCCCGGAGACCAGUAUGAGUUGGCCCUGAGUGAGCAGGUGGUGGUGCGUCUGGGUCGACAGCGAUGGAGGAUUCGGGGGAAGAUCCAGGCGGAUGACCGUCAGUCCUGGGAGGAAGAGGAGAUGGUCUUCCUCCCCUGCAUACAUCAGAACUUUGAGAUUAAGGUGACUGAGGUGAAGGGGCUGGGCUCGCUGCUGGUCGGCAUGGUAACGUGUGCGAGUGCAGACUUCUUCCUGGUGAGUCCUCAGUUGAUGGUAGUGGACGUCACAGAGCUGGGGACCGUCAAGCUGCAACUGGAGGUGCUCUGGAAUCCUUUUGACAGCAGAGAGGUGAAGCCCGUAAGCACCUCCCCCAGUAGACAGUCUCUCCCCAGCAGGAAGAGCUCCAUGUACAGCUGGAGCGCUCCCAACACACCCAGCUUCACCGAGAAAUACUUCAUGUCCAUGGUACGCCAGAUGCAGGAUCCUGAAAGCUCAUUCCCCAUCGUGCCGAAGGGAAGGUCUCGGGGUGUUUCCUUACUCAGCUACCUGGCAGAUACGACAGCCACUCCCACCCUGACCUCCACCCCCGCCCCCAGCCCCCUCCCCCACAGAUGCCCCCCAACCCCCAGCUACGGCCCCAGCCUGGGGGGCAGUCGGACAAAUAUAUCCCUGGGGGAGGAGGAGGAGGCAGGGGAGGAGACAGGGAAGGAGGACUGGACCACCUCAGAUCCAGACACAGGCCUAUCCACCCCAGGUCAGAGCUCAAGAGAUCCCCUGGUGGCCAUGCAGAGGUACAGCACCCCAGACCUCCUCAGGCAGGACGGAGGCUCCAGCCCCGACCCCAAUACUAUCCCCAGCCUCAGCCCAGACCCCAGCCCUGGUUACAACGUGGACCCAGGGAUGGACAGCAAGAUAAGACUGGAGGGGUCUGUUCAGCAGCUUGCACUGCCCCCUACCCCAGCCCUGGCCCCUGCCUCCACCCCCUGCCAGCCAGCAGUAAGGAGCAGGGCCCAGAGGCGAGGCCUGGCGCUGAGGCUGGGGGGUCUGGUGGGGGGCCUGGAGGUGGUCCUCCAAGAGCGGAGCAGCUCAGAGAAGGAGCUCCGACUUCUGGAGGCCCAACUACUGCACCUCAGCACCAUCCUGAAGAAUGACCUGUCUCUGCUGAAGACGUCGUCAGAGGAGACGCUGGCCGUGGAAGAAGUUAUGGAAAGUUUUGACUUUCUGUCCACCGACUUCAAUGCCGAUGAUGAAACGUCCUGUUUGGGAAGCAUACGUCUAAAAGACAUUGGAAUCAACUCGUUUCAGAAGACCACUCUACGGAGCCUGGGCCUUCAGUCUCAUGAAAGCCAAUCAGCAGAGGAGCUUGGGGUUGUCCCACUGACUUCUGGGAACUGGAGUUUGGACCAGACGUUGGAGACUCACCUUGACAUUUGCACGGUGCUGCUGGAGGCACUGCAGGGGUCGGGGUGUGCUCUGGUUCAGAGGGAGGUCCUGGAAGAGGCUUCCCACCAGGCCAGUGUCCUGGAGAACAUCAGCCGCCUGCUGCUGGAGGAGACCAACCCCAUCUCCGCCAGCAACGUGCUCCCCCUGGCUCAGAGAGGACGGGAGCUGCAGAUGUUCUGGGAGGAGUGCACGUACGGGGGCUCGCCGUUCUGCUGCGCUGCAGACAGCUUCCUGCAGACCCUGAGGAAGCGCUACACACACAGGGUGAAGGCCAAGCAGCCCGGGCAGCCACAUGCAGUGUUGACCCAGCUGCUACAGCAGGUCCAGACCAGUUCCAGAAUGGUCCCCAGCCUCCGGCCAUCUUCUAGCCCAGACAGAGUCACCGUCUUCCAGCUGUCAACCUAUCUCCGCCGCUGGGGAAUCCAAGACAUGGGGGAGCACAUCUCUCUCCUCUCGAAAGAAGUGUACCUGGUCUCCGCCCUGCAGAGUCCCAAGAGGAGGAGGGUGCUGGCGAAGCUCCGAGGGCGGCGCCUCGCCGAGCUCCUCCCCCUGGGCUCCACGCUUCGCGCCCUGGCGAGCCUGCAGACCGACAGCAACCACAAGGUGUGCCGGGCUGCGGCCUCCUGUCUCAGCCGCACCGCUGGGUGCAAGGCCUUCAGGACCAAGGCUGUAGUGUUUUACACAGAUACACUGUGCAGUGGGGAGGUCCAGCUCCAGCAGGCUGCAUGCCUGGCCCUCAAAUGCCUCAAGGCAACGGAGAGCGUGGACCAGAUAGCAGAGCUGUGGCGGUCAUCAGACGAGGACCUUCGCAGCGCAGCCAGGGAGACAGUCCUGUCCUUCGGUAAGAAGGGCCAUCAGGCGUUCCAGAGGAUGGAUCAGAUCUACUGUGAGCUUCAGGAGGAAGCCUACCAGAAUCAGCACACGGAGAUCACCAUUCUGUAGACCACUACUCCAUAGAUCACCAUGCUGUUGAGAAAGAGGGGUCAGAUACAUAUGAGACAAGAAGUGGAAUGGUGUGCCCUCUACUGGUCAUUUUCCAACCCUGCAGCCGCCUCAAGUUGUCUGUGACAUACAGCCACGCUCACAUAACAAACCUCACAGGAACCGAUAUAACCAUUACUAGCUCCAUGUCUGAGGACAUAUUUAUGAAUAUAUUUAAGUGUAUGGUAUGAUCCUAUAUGUUUCCAGUAUGUGAAUUAUAGAUACAAUUAUUCAAGGUAAUGUAAAUAAUGUAGAGAUAAGGGUUUGUAAUAAAAUAUAUGUCCUUGACAUUUAA